GUCCUUUAUCCGAGGGCCUCUCCUCACUCUCCGCCACUAGUAGGGGAAACCAGGCCGGAGCCGGCGAGCCCCACCGCCCAGAACCGAGAACUGAGCGGGCCCCGCCCCUGCCGCCCCAGCACCGGCCGCUCGGCAACAAACACUUCCACUUCCUGAGCGCUCUGUCUUCGCCCGCCACUGGGCUCCGCGCCGAGCACAGGCCCCGCCCCGCGCGUUUCCAUUGGCCGGCGCCGUUCACCCGGCCGCAGCGCCCCGGCCUGCGGCCCCCGAUUGGCUCGCGGAGUUCCACACCCUCUGCGUGGCCCCGCCCCCGGGGUAAGGAGCCUGGGCGGGCUCUGGAAAGCUCAGACGCCGCGCGGGGUGGGGAUUGGUCCGCGCUCCUCUCUUUUCUCCUCAAGGCUCGCGGCGGCCGGCGGUUCCCGGGACACCUGCUCGCUUCGCCCGUCCCGCAGCGCUGGGCUUACCUGCCGCGCUCCCAGUUCUCUGGGCGGGAAGAAGGACUGAGCCGUCCCGUCCCCAACGGAACCCCGAGUGGCGCAGCUGAGCCGUCGCAGGGCGAGAUGAGCGCGGACGCGGCGGCCGGGGCGCCCCUGCCCCGGCUCUGCUGCCUGGAGAAGGGUCCGAACGGCUACGGCUUCCACCUGCACGGCGAGAAGGGCAAGGUGGGCCAGUACAUCCGGCUGGUGGAGCCCGGCUCGCCGGCCGAGAAGGCGGGGCUGCUGGCCGGGGACCGGCUGGUGGAGGUGAACGGCGAGAACGUGGAGAAGGAGACCCACCAGCAGGUGGUGAGCCGCAUCCGCGCCGCGCUCAAUGCCGUGCGCCUGCUGGUGGUCGACCCCGAGACGGACGAGCAGCUGCAGAAGCUCGGCGUCCAGGUCCGCGAGGAGCUGCUGCGCACCCAGGAAGCGCCGGGGCAGGCCGAGUCGCCGGCCGCCGCCGAGGCGCAGGAGGCUGGCAACGAAAAUGAGCCUAGCGAGGCCAAUAAGAGCCACCCGGAGCAGCUCGAGCUUCGGCCUCGGCUCUGUACCAUGAAGAAGGGCCCCAAUGGCUAUGGCUUCAACCUGCACAGCGACAAGUCCAAGCCAGGCCAGUUCAUCCGGUCAGUGGACCCAGACUCCCCGGCUGAAGCUUCAGGGCUCCGGGCCCAGGACCGCAUUGUGGAGGUGAACGGGGUCUGCAUGGAGGGGAAGCAGCAUGGGGAUGUGGUGUCCGCCAUCAGGGCUGGCGGGGACGAGACCAAGCUGCUGGUGGUGGACAGGGAAACCGACGAGUUCUUCAAGAAAUGCAAAGUGACUCCAUCCCAGGAGCACCUGAAUGGUCCCCUGCCUGAGCCCUUCACCAAUGGGGAGAUACAGAAGGACCCCCUCACCCCACCCUCUGGCAACCCACACCCCUCUCCUCUCUGCCAGGAGAACAGUCGUGAAGCACUGGCAGAGGCAGCCUCAGAGAGCCCCAGGCCAGCCCUGGUGAGAACCGCCUCCAGUGACACCAGCGAGGAGCUGAAUUCCCAAGACAGCCCCCCAAAACAGGAUUCCACAGUGCCCUCGUCUACCUCCUCCUCUGACCCCGUCCUGGAUUUCAACAUCUCCCUGGCCGUGGCCAAAGAGAGGGCCCACCAGAAGCGCAGCAGCAAACGGGCCCCGCAGAUGGACUGGAGCAAGAAAAAUGAACUCUUCAGCAACCUCUGAGCACCCGAUGCCAGCCACCCAGUGACUGGCAGGGCUGAGCCAGCCUUCCACCCCACCCUUUUCCUUCUCCCCAGUUACUCCCCUGAAUCGACAUACAAAUCAGCACCCACAUCCCCUUUCUUGACAGAUGAUUUUUCUAAAGAACUAUGUUCUUCCCUUAACUUAGGGAAGGUGAAUGUGUUCCUGUCCUCCCCCAAUCAGAAAGCAGACUCUGCCUCCCUCCUCCUCACUGAGUGCCUCAUCCUACCAGGUGUCCCUUUGCCACCCAGCCUGGGACAUCACUGGGACGUACACCAAGCCAGGAUCAUGGGACCAGGUGAAAGGGCACCUUCCCUUCCACCCCCAUGUGAUCACCGGGUUCAGGGCUGAUUAAAGAACUCUGACUGCAGCAGCUGCAGCUCGCAGUGGACAGGGCGUCCAUUAUCCUGAGAGCUGUGGCUGACGUAUCUUGUUUUCAUUUGAUUUUUGUUGUUUAAAAAGUGCAGUAUUUUUGCAGAGUCUAGAGGAAUUUUUGUUUCCUUGAUUAACAUGAUUUUCCUGGUUGUUGCAUCCAGGGCAUGGC